AAUUAAUCUAAUUGAGCCGUGAAUUUUCACAAGCAAAUGUUUCAACGCUUAAUUAAAAUAUUUUUCUUUUUCAGACACAAUAGAAAAUUUUUCUUUUGCCUUUGUUGUUUCUAACGAGGUUCCUAUAACGAGUGGAAAAACAUUAAAAAGAAAAUUAAGGCGAGAUAUCGAUAUCAUUGCCAUACAUCAAACAAAAAACAGAAAACAGCAGGAAAAAUCGAAGAAAGCCUAAAAAUAGAAAUGAAUAAAAAUAUUUUAAGAAUGAGUAUAAAAAUUUAUGCAAAACCUUAAAGAAGAGACGAACAAGAGUCAACAAGCAAUUCAGUCAUCGACUCAUAACGCACUUCUUUCAUCAGUAGAUAUUCUGUGACAAGCACGAACACAUGGAAAAUGAUUCUCAACGAGUCAAAGCAAAGUCUCGCGAUCAUCGUAACUACUCUCUAUGAAUUUUCUUUUUUCUCUCUAUUUAAGCUCUCAGUUGUAAUCAAGUCACUGUUAGAGGCAGUCAAGUUUUGGAUUGCCCAUGAAUAAAUUCAUUUAUUUGUCUUCUUUCUUAAAGAACAGAAUAUUUGUUUAUUUAAACGCGUAAUUGAUUGGUGUUAAUUCAAUGGAUUGUUCCGGUGAACCAAAUCAAUAUUUAUGAGAAAUCUGAAGCGAUAAGUGCUGAAAAAAAUCGAAAAACUUUAAUCAAAAGCAUGCUUGCUUGCUCCUGAGAUGUGAAAACAGGAUUUCAUACAUUUUAGCGAAAGAAAAAAAAACAUUUCAUCUGUCAAUCAACAUCAUCUUGAUCCACUUGAAUUAUUGAAGUGAAUCAGAAAAAACAACAAAAAAUAUUCUGAAUAAUCGUACAAAGUUGCAAACUUGAAGUAUGGCAGUAUUAAUGACUUACCACAAGCUUGUAGAGCGCGAUGCAAAAAAUGUCGAUAUUCAUUGGAAAGCCGUCUCAAUUCUACUUCUUGUUCUCGCCAUCACUUCUUCAUUUGGAGUGUCAAUUUGUCUUCAAAAAAUUACUUCUGCAUAUGACGAUCGCUGUGUACUUGGAGCACGUCUUGGAUUGAUGUAUCCAUUACCUGAAGAAGAUCAAUCUUCAAUUUUUUCUGAUUCUGUUGCUGAAAAUCAAACUGAAAGUGAAACUUCAGUUUCAAUUACGAAAUCUACUGCCAAACUAAAUGAAUUCUUUAAUGAUUCAUAUGCAAUGUAUUUAGAUAAAGAUGAUCAGCAUUAUCCAGUUUCUCAAAUAACAAAGCUUGUUGAAGGUAAAGUCGAUGAACAACUUACAGUAUGGGAAGAAAAGGCAACUUGUGAGUUUGCUAUCUACAUGCCAAUAGCUCAAUCUUGUUUUGGGAUUAUUAUGACAGUUAUGUUUAUCAUUUGUGGGAGAGGAGGGAAAUCAGAUCCACAUUCAUUCCUUCCGCAACCAUGGAGAAUCGUUACACCGUCUAUCGUCUUCUUUCUAGUCAUGUCAGUUCUUUGUAUUAUAAAUUUAGUCAUUGUUGAAGGUGGAAUGUAUGAAUUCUGCGACAAUUUGGGAGAAAAAACUCCUGAUAUUCAUUGUUCAGUUUCUCUUAAUCGAUUUGCUGUGUCAGCACCGUCUGAUGUGAAAUUAUCUCCAGGAACUUAUCAUCAAAUGCUUACUACGUUCAACUACGUUUCGUUUACGUGUUGGCUGCUAUCACUUAUUUGGAUGAUAUUUCGAGUGAUUUUUGUGAUCGAUUUUCAAUUGGUUCGAAUUACUGUUAAAACAGUGGAAUAUGAGAACACAGAUGGUAGCAAAGAGACUUCAAGACCUUCAAGUUUUAAAGUAAAAGAAGUGCAGGAAGAAAUUGAUGUUACCGUACAUGUAAGAAUGACAUCUGCUGAAACUGAAAAUGUCGAUCAUGUUAAAGAAAAACUCAACAAAAUCCUGGAAUCACGUUAUGACAACGAUAAGGAGUUCAUUGAUUCAUUGAAAGAUCUCUCGACUUUUUUUGGCGAAAACACCUUAGACUCGCGAAGAAACUUAAGAUCACGUAUCGAGAAGAGAUCACUCGAGAUCAACAAGGAAUUUUUAUCAUCUUUUAGAGCUGUCAAGGAAGAACUUGAUUGUGUGUGCAGAGAAGUGGAAUGUAUGACCGAUUCUGUGAAAAAAAUGAAAGACACACUCGAGAAAACACAAUCACAGACUCAUGAAAUAAUUAACCAAACCAACGGCCUUCAAUCUCAACGUCAAAAACUAGCAAUUCAUCAUGAAGUUGCUGUAAAGUUCCUAUCACAUUUCCAACUUUCAACUGCUGAUCAUCAGAUUCUUUAUGGUAAAACAAGAGAUGAACAAAUCAGCAAUGAAUUUUUCCGUGUCCUCGAUCAUGUGCAAACAAUUCACAACGAAUGUCGUUUGCUUAUGCAAAAUGGAUAUGAGACACUUGCUGUUGAUAUCAUGGAGGAAAUGACAGUUCAUCAAGAAGCUGGUCUUGAAAGGUUAUACAGAUGGACUCAAUCACAUUGUCGUAACAUUGAUACAACAACAGAACUCACAACUUUAGUCAUUGAAGCAAUGCAAAGACUCCAAAAUCGUCCUGUGCUGUUUAAAUAUGUUCUAGAUGAAUAUGCCACAAAUCGACGUUCAAUGUUGGCAAACUUAUUUAUCGAAGCUCUCACUAUAGGUGGAAAUGGCACAAAGCCAAUAGAAAUGCAUGUAACCGAUCCAAAGAGAUAUGUCGGUGACAUAUUUGCUUGGCUUCAUCAAGCAAUUCAUAAUGAGAGAGAAAGUUUAAUGAUUUUGUGUCGAGCCUGUGACAAAAAUGAUGUCACUGAUAUCAUAACUACUGCUUUGACGAGUAUUUCCGAUGGUGUUUGUCACACGCUUAGAGUAAGAGUUGACUCAGUUCUCAACACUGUCAACGACACAAUCGUUUUUUAUUCGAUUGCAAAUUUAAUUCGUUUCUACCAUAACAUUAUAACAUCGAUGGUGAAUGGUGGACAACUAGAAGAAUGUUUAACUUACGUUCAAAAAACAUCCGAAACAUUUCAUCUUAAUUCUUUGACAAAACAAGUUCGCGACAUUUUAAAUCAACCAAAUGAUCAACAACAAACUGAUCUUGCACCACCACCUUCGGUUCGUAAAUUGUUGACAAUGCUUAAAGAACUUUUGUCUGUUGCAAAUAUGGUUGAAGGAAGACAACAAGACAUACAAAAAAUUGUUAGUUGUGUUGUUGAUCCUUUGCUUGAGACAAUCACAGAACAGGCUUCGCAUUUGCCAGCUAUCGACAUGGCAGUUUAUUUUCUGAAUGUUCUUUAUGAAGUUAUUGGAACUUUAGCUGUUUAUGAGUUCAUCGACGAAAGAAUGGAAAGAUUGAAUGCAUCGUGCGAUGCGCAAAUUGAGACUUUAACAAGCGAACAGGCUUCAAGCAUCGUUGCGCAUUUGAAUCUUGGUCCAAUUUAUUCAAUUUUACAAAGUCAAGAUAAGAAACUUGAUGUUCAUCACUUGAAACUUUGUAUGAAUAAACUUGAUUCGUUCAUUGAAUGCCCUGAAAUGUUGAUUCUUCCACAAGUUAAUCUUCUCCAAAGCACUAAACAUGCCUCAACCGUGCAGAAGAGAGCUUUUAAUGUUAUUGCAGCAAUUUACAAACAACUUUACGAUAAAAUCCAUUCCGAUGAUUACGAAAAUCCCGAACAGUUAUUAAAAUUCACUCCCGAAGAAAUUUCAUUUUACUUUGCUGCUAUAAUUCUAAUGAGUUUUGCUGUUGAAGCUGCAAAGAGAAUAAGUGAAAGAAAAUGUGAAGACUACAAAAAUAUUAUUGCUAAAUUUCGCACACACGGAGGUCUUGGUAUUGCAAAGCAAACUGCUAUAAGAAAAAAAUCAUUCAAAUGCUCAAAUGACGCUUCGGGACUUAUUGUUGGUGGUCAAAAAGCCAAAUUGAAAGAGUUUCCACAUAUGGCAGCAAUUGGUUGGGUAGUUGAUGAUGGAAAUCUUGCAUUUCGUUGUGGAGGUUCGCUGAUAAGUGAAAACUUUGUUUUAACAGCAGCUCAUUGUGAAUUUGACGACAAUGGUAACUGGCCAGCUGUUGUAAGAGUAGGAGCUCGAAAUCUUGCAGCAUCGAGCAAUGAAACAAAUGCUGCUGAAUACAAAAUUCAAAGUUUCAUAAAACAUGAAAAUUUCAGCUCACUCAAUAUGGAAAAUGAUAUCGCUUUGAUUAAAUUACAAGAAAAUGUCAAAGUAGACAAACAGUUUGUUCGACCCGCAUGUCUCUUUUCUAAUCAUAGAACUCCCAAAAAAGUUACUGCUACGGGUUGGGGAAAAACUUCAACACACAGUGAAACUUCAGAUUAUCUUCUUAAAGUGCAAUUGCAGACUGUUUCGAAUGACGAUUGUUAUAAUGAAGUUGGGGACAAUAUUUAUGCAGAUGAGAUUGAUGACAGUAAGAUUUGUGCUGGAGGGGUAAGAAAUAAGGAUACAUGUCAAGGUGAUAGGAUCUAAAACGUAUCUCAC